AUGGACGAUACGUUGGAGGAGCUGCUGGAUGAUAAGUUCGAUGUUCUGUCUUUAAAUGUUUCACAAUCUCCCAUGGCGUUGAGUCAUUGGGAAAACCUGCUAAACUACCUCCUAGAGAAGGCGAGUCCUGUCUGUAAAAACAUCAACCAGCAGUUACUGGAGCUCAUAAGACAGACCUACGACUCCUUUUUUGCAUACUUUCCUUUGCUGGAAAACUAUAGUGUCGAUCGUGCUCUCCUGGAAUACAAAAUAGGAAACGUCAGGGCUAUGCACACAGUCUUCACUAGUGCACUGCAGAGACACAACAACUCGUCACUACUUCUGUGGAUCGAAUAUUUGAAGCUGUGCAACGAGGUUGUAAUUAACAAGAAACAAUUGUUUCGCAAAUACGAAUUGGCGGAAUCUUACAUUGGUCUCCAUUUUUACAGCGGGGAGUUUUGGGAACUUUAUCUGGAACAAAUCAAACUGCGAUGCGUAGGACAUCAGCGGUAUUUGGCCGUUUUGAGAAAAGUGCUGGAGGUACCGGCAUAUUCUUACAGCAAAUUUUUCGGUCUUUGGAUGCGUGCUGUCGACGAUAUCAAGGACGUCAAACAACUUACACUAAUGGCGCCAGAACAGGAACUCAACCGUAAAGUCAAAAUCAGAAUACGAGGUCGCGAAAGAAAGGGCCCACAAUUACAGGAAGGUAAGAAAGCACUGCGAAAAUUUACAAAAGAGCUUUACAUGGUGACACAACACCGCGCAUUGGAAAUUUACAAUUUAUUUGAAUCCAACAUAAAGACUCACUACUAUUGUUCUGCUGAGACACUGAUAGAAAAGAGCGAAAUUUCAGCUUGGUGGAGAUAUCUGGACUAUUGUGACCAGAAUGGCAUUGACCAAUUGACGCACCUAAACUUCCAACGUGCGUUAUUGCCCUUGGCACACUAUGAAAUGAUCUGGCUCAAAUAUGCCGCGUGGUUGAUACAGAACUAUCAAGAUUUUAUAACGGCAAAGAACGUUUUGUCUCUUGGACUACAAUUAUCGCAUCGAAAAUCCAAGAUUUUGGAUAGGUUAUGCGGACUUUUGGUUAAACUUGGGAAACAAGAUGAGCUGCAAAUGCUUUUCAAACAAAUUAAAUCUGCUUUUGACGACAAGAUAGAGGAAACGGAUGAUUUUGAAUUAUUUAUGGAAUAUUUCCAAUUCACUAUUUUCGUGGAAAAAUGGGAUCAUCGCGAUGGCGCCGAUACUGCUCUGAAGGUAUUGCGCAAACGGCUCAGUUAUGGGGGAAACAAAAGUGGACAAGAAGAACUGUUACACUUGGUUUGCCAGAUGUAUGCUCGCUUUCCAAGAAAAGUUUUGGAAGAACAGAUAUUUCGACUUAUCAUUGACGAAAACUGGUUGUAUUAUUUGGACAACGCCAAAUUUUGGUUUGAAUAUUGCAACCGGGUGUGGGUAGAUCAGAAAACGUCCUAUUUGGAUAAAAGAAGAUACAUUGUUGAGCACAUAAUGCCGUUGGUGUGCAACCGCAACGACUCCGCGAAGAAGAGUAUGGAAUCUUUCUGCGAGAGCUACAUGCCAGAAGACCUAGAUGUGUGGUACGAGAUGUGCAGUUAG